AUGGCGGCUCGUGUCCUUUCCUCCUGUGUCCGCCGCCUGCCCGCGGCCUUGGCGUCGCUGCCCCAGCUUCCCACGCUGGCCGCCGCCCGGCCGCUCAGCUCCACGCUGCGCCCCGCGGAGACCCAGCCGAGGCCCCGGGCCCCGGGCGCGGCGCUCGCGCAGGUACCAGGCAGAGUUCCACAGCUGUGCCGCCAGUACAGUGACGCGCCCCCACUGACGCUAGAGGGGAUCAAGGACCGUGUUCUUUAUGUCUUGAAACUCUAUGACAAGAUUGACCCAGAAAAGCUCUCAGUAAAUUCCCAUUUUAUGAAAGACCUGGGCUUAGACAGUUUGGACCAAGUAGAGAUCAUCAUGGCCAUGGAGGACGAAUUUGGUUUUGAAAUUCCUGAUAUAGAUGCGGAGAAAUUGAUGUGUCCACAAGAAAUUGUAGAUUACAUUGCAGAUAAGAAGGAUGUAUAUGAAUAA